GUCGGAGCACUGAAGGAGCGCUUGUGCGAAGUCUGCGGCGUGCCCCGCUUCAGGCAGCGGCUUUUUUGCGGUGAUGCGCCGCUUGAGGACAACGCAAGGCUGGAUGCUGCCAUGGACAUUCAACUUGUGUUGCUCCCCUUCUGCGACGUGCCGUCACCGCAACUGCUCGACUUGAAGAUCGCCACACGGAAUGGCAAUGUGGUUGAGGUGGAGAAGAUGCUGCAAUGCCCACUUGACCCGAAUGUGGCCAUCCAUGAGGCUUGCUGGGCAGGUCAGGCUGCUGUGCUGCGCUUGCUGCUGGAGGCACGUGCUGAAGUGAAUCUGGCGAACAGUGGCGGGCAAACCCCCCUCCACCUGGCGAGCAUGAAGGGUCACCAGGACCUUGUGCAGUUGCUGUUGGGCGUCGCAGCUGAUGUGAGCCUGGUCGACAUGAGGGGCAAGACUGCGGCGCUGUUGGCGGCCGAUGCAAACUUCAGCGACAUCGUGACUCUGCUUGAAAAAGGUGCUGCGCCAAGGCCGCGACGGCAUGCUGCUGAUCCGCGUGGACGCAAACCGGGUUGA